AUGCGCCCUCCCACUCGCCCAUCCACCUCCCCACUCGUCCUCCCCCUCCUCCUCGUCCUGCUCAUCCUCCCCACCCUGGCAAGCGCCUUCUUCCAGCAAUUCUUCCAGCAAGCCGGGAACCAAGCACCGCAAGGCCCGCCUUCGCACGACGAGCGGUUCGACCAGGUCUCCUGCGCCCAGUACAUCUGUCCCGAUUUCUCCUGCGCCGCCUCACCCGCCGACUGUCCCUGCCCCUCCAAACUCGACGAGAAGUGCGUGAUUCCGGGCGCAGAAGGUGGAGCGUACGUGUGUGCGAGGGACUGCAAGAAGGUUAGGCAGGCGGCGACGGGGGCGUUUCGAUGA